AUGAGCGAUCUAGACAAGGCUAUUGCGCAGCUCCGCGCUUGUCGCCCAAUACCCGAACACCAAGUGCGAGAACUCUGUUAUAAAGCACGCGAGCUCCUCAUCGAGGAGGGAAAUGUGGUCUCUGUCGACGCGCCGGUGACCAUCUGCGGUGAUAUCCACGGCCAGUUUCAUGAUCUGAUGGAGUUAUUCCGCGUGGGCGGUGAUGUGCCAGAUACGAAUUAUCUGUUCAUGGGCGAUUUUGUCGAUCGCGGUUUUUACUCUCUCGAAUCUUUCCUUCUUCUCCUUUGUCUCAAAGUUCGAUACCCUGACCGCAUAACCCUGAUUCGUGGCAACCACGAAUCCAGGCAAAUCACGACCGUGUAUGGCUUUUACGACGAAUGUAUUCGGAAAUAUGGCAGUGCUAAUGUUUGGCGUUAUUGUUGUGAGGUUUUUGAUUAUUUGGCAUUGGGUGCUUUGAUACUGGGUGCCAGCUCUGAGUUGGAACCCUCGGGUCCCGCGACUAACGAUGCCACCCAAUCCGCCAUCGCUACUGGGGAUGAAGAGCUGGAAUCUGAAGUGCUGAAUUCAAAAGGCGAAGUUACGUUUUCUACAUAUAGACGAAGAGACAGCGGUGGCGGCUCACAAGAUAGUUCAACUGACGUCCGAGAGGACAUAUCUUCAUCGUUGCCAACGGGCACCCCCACAAGAUCUGGUCCCGCCGGCACUGGCGCCACUUCUGAUAGUAUGGGCAGUAUUGGAAACACUACCGGUGCCGUCUUUUGCGUCCACGGUGGGCUGUCUCCACUAGUGGACAGUAUCGAUAAAAUCCGCCUCAUCGACCGAAAACAAGAAGUGCCACAUGAAGGCGCCAUGUGCGACCUUCUUUGGUCCGACCCGGACGAAAUCGAAGGCUGGGGCCUAUCCCCACGAGGAGCAGGCUUUCUCUUCGGCGGCGGUAUCGUCAAACAUUUCAGCCACAAAAAUGACCUCUCGCUCAUCGCUCGAGCUCAUCAACUCGUUAUGGAAGGGUUCAAAGAGAUGUUCGACGGUGGCAUCGUGACUGUCUGGUCUGCGCCGAAUUAUUGCUACAGGACCUGGAAGAAGGUAUAG